GUUGAGCCAGUCACCCGGGUCGAGCCUGUCGCAAGGGCUGAGCCUGCCAGCCCCUCGAGCCCCGAGGUGUCCCGCUUGGAGACCCGGCUCAGCCGACUGGAAGACCACUUGGACAACCUGCUGACCACUGAUAGUGUGGACAGCAGCGGCUUGGAAACCAGUGGAUUGCCGACUUCCACGGCCCCGCCGAACUCAACAAUGAUGCUUACCCUCAACUGGACGGAACACUCGGAGUCCGCAAGCUCUGAGAACAUCCGGAGUGCGCUUAGGGAGCUUCCAGUUGACCUCGUGCGCGUAGACCCUUUGCCUGAAGGGCGGGCUGCGCGCUCCCGCGGGACGCUCUGCUGGUUGGCGUCUUCCGAUACCCCUGUGGCCGAGGCGGAACUUAGGCGCCAGCUCGCGGACCCUGGUAGUAGCCUGAGGCGUCUUUUGCCUGGGCUGCUACCCGAUAGCUCUGCUGUAGCCUUGGCACCUUUGGCCGCCCUGGCGGUUGGUCACGCAAGGCACCUGAGCGCUCGAGU